AUGUCGGUCAACGUACGCCCGAAGUCCGUGUCCGACAAAGUCCGUGCGACUCGCCUCGAACUUGUCGAUCGCCUCGAGAAACAAUUAGCAAACGCCAAGCAAUGGUAUGACUUUGACGACCCUCAAGACUACCGAAAAGCACGAGCAGAAGGCACUCAUGGAUUUGAUCGUCUACAAGUGAAUGACCAAGCCCGUUUGGUUUAUGCUCCCCGGCGGGAUGGGCAGAGGAUUGAACUCCGGGUGAUUGAACCGCCUGCACCCUCCAAGGGUGUUUUCCUCCACUUCCAUGCAAGUGGCUUCGUCAUUGGGAGCAACGCGUCUUACGACGGGUACUUGACGCGUAUCUCCGAAGUAUCCGGCCUGACCGUCGCGUCUGUCGAGUACCGCCUCGCGCCGGAGCAGCCAUUCCCAGCUGGCCGCGAUGACUGCGUGAACGCGGCCCUCUUUACUCUUUCUGCUCAGGGCAUCAGUGAUCUUGGCGCUCCCUUACGAGUAAUCGGUGGAGAGUCGGCUGGUGCCUGGCUUGCUGUGGCUGUUGUCCUGGAAUUGCGGGAUGAGUAUGGAAUCGACGUUAAGUCACAAAUCGCUGCAAUCUGUGCGAGCUAUGGGAUAUACGACUUGACCUACACGCCUUCCUUACUGUCACACAAACGGAACAUAGUCAUCAGUCGCGAGAGCAUGAUCAAGUUUUCAGAGGCGGCCUUUGGUCACAUCCCGUUUGUUGAAAGGAAGAGACCUGACAUAUCCCCGUUGUAUGCUGACUUGGGUAACCUGCCCCCAGCGCACUUCCUCGUGGGGAAUAUUGAACCACUACUCGAUGAUAGCAUCUUCAUGGCUGCCAGGUGGAUAAACGCUGGGAGUGAAGCUGAGCUGCAUGUUGUUGAGGGUGCUUGUCAUGCCUUUACGCUAUUUGCACUAGGUAACGUCACUAAUGUUGGGGUUCAGGCAGUGGUGGACUUUAUACAAGCGCAAUUGCAAAGGUUUGCCACGUCAAUGUCUAUGGCGAACAGCACUCAGUCAUCUUGA